UCUGCAAACUCCUGAGACCCCCCUGGGACGGAUCCGUGUGUUUCCCAUCCUCCUAGUGCUCCAUGUUACCGCCCCCUGUGGGGGGGGGGAUGCUAUCUUAGCGGGUUUAGGGCAGUGUCCACAAAAAAGAUUUACUAAAAUUAAAAUGAACAGCUGUAAAAACAUGCCUGGGAUUAGGUAGAUGUGCAAUUAUUUCUCUGGCUUCAAAAUAGAAAAUAGCAGGCAAACCAGCAGGCUGGACGUUGAAAUCUCAGAUGCUCAGGCUAUGGUCUAAGAAAUCUACCCCCGCCCUUUGUCUGUCAGUAAGGAACUGACUUAAGCUACAUGGAUAUAGGGCACUUUUACAUUGAAGUCAAAGUGCCCUCACAUGGGGGCUGCAGUUUCUUAACUGAUUUAGUUGAAUUGGUACAAUGAUCUCAUGGAGACAAGGGCUGGAGGAGACUCUCCUAGGUUGGACCGAGACCUCAAUUCUCUCAAUUUCUGUCCUUGCACCCAGGCUCGGGAAUGGGACAUGGAGUCCCUGCACUCGGCUCCUCUGCAACCCCACAUUGUCCCCAAGCAAACUGCUGUGGGAGAAACCCAGCUGCAAACUGCAGAGAUCUCCCUGUGGACUGUAGUGGCUGCUAUUCAAGCCUUGGAGAGGAAGGUGGAUUCCCAUGCCUCACAGUUACUGAGUCUGGAGGGCAGAACAGGGACAGCUGAGAAGAAAAUAUGUGGCACAGAAAAAGGAAUGAUGGAGUUUAGUAACCAACUAGCCAUGCUGGGAUCUCUGAUCCAGGAAUAUGGACUGAUGCAGAGGAGGCUGGAGAACAUGGAAAACCUGCUGAAGAACAGGAACUUCUGGAUCCUGAGGCUUCCCCCAGGCACUAAGGGAGAAGUCCCCAAGGUGCCAGUGACAUUCGAUGAUGUUUCCGUCUAUUUCUCCAAGCAGGAGUGGGGGAAACUGGACGAUUGGCAGAAAGACCUUUACAAGAAUGUGAUGAAAGGCAACUAUGAAUCAUUGAUCUCGCUGGACUACGCCAUCUCCAAACCUGACCUUCUGUCCAGGAUUGAACGGGGGGAGGAGCCGUGUGGGGGGGCUCAGGAAGACUCUGAGGAGAGAGUGAUCCCGAUGGAGCCUAGCACAGAAUCACUGAGCCUUACUCAUGAUACUGUAUCGUGGGUAAAACAAGAAGACCUGUACAUCAGGGAUCAGUGGGACUCGGAAGAGAGAGAGAUCUCUACAGAGCCCAGCACAGCAGACAACGAGGUUGUAGUCAAAGCUGAGGAGGGAAUCCCAGUGAGCUUGGAGCUGUACAGCACAUUGGCUGGACCACCAGAAGAGACUGUUUUCCAGUACCCUGAGCAGGAACCGAUCUGUGACGAUCAGGGCAACGUCAGCAUCCAGGGGGAAUACCCUGACGGGAACAGUCUGGAGGACUCUGCUGCGGGCGAGAGAGACUUCAGUAACUUCACCACGAUCAUUGUCCAGGAGGAGAGCCUCCCAGGAGAGGCGCCGUACGUCUGUUCUGAAUGUGGGAAAAGCUUCCUCUAUGAGCAGCAGUGUGUACUGCACCAGAGGAUCCAUGGCGGAGCCCACAUGCCUCCUGAGCGCAGGGAGAGCUUCAAGCAAAACCACUGUCUCAAAUCCUGCCCAGAGAUUCAGCCAGGGGAGAGACUCUAUAGCUGCCCUGAGUGCGAGCGGAGCUUCCCUCACAAGUCGAGCCUCAGCAAACAUCAGCUCUCCCACACGGGGGACCGGCCGCACACCUGUGCUGAGUGCAAGAAGAGCUUCCGGCUGAAGAUCAACCUCAUGAUACACGAGAGGAGUCACGCGGGGAAGAGCAGGGGCUCGUAUAUCUGCAACGAAUGUGGGAGGGGCUUUAACCACCAUUCGAACUUCAUUAGGCACCAGAUGAUCCACACUGGGGAGAGACCGUAUGGCUGUACCGAGUGUGGGAAAACCUUCAUGCGGAAGGAGCACCUCCUGACCCACCAGCGCCUGCACACGGGAGAGCGGCCCUACCAGUGCCCCGAGUGCCGGAAGAGCUUCACCCGGAAGCAGCACCUGGUGGGACACCAACGCAUCCACACGGGGGAGAAACUCUGGGGGACCCUGGCAGCACAGAGACGCUUGCACGACCUGCCAGGCAAAACGCACAGGGGAGAGCCUGCGUCGCUGCCCUUGAUGCACAAGGAGUUCCCCCCGUAGAUGCUGUGUUAAGUGCUACCAGGGAACUCUGGCUGGGGACAAUCAUGAUGGCAUCUGAGCAAAGGAGAGAGACCAAGGCUCUGGGUGUUGAACAGGGAACUAAAUGUCAGUGGGAUGAUCCGUGGAGAGGUCUAGGCUGCUGGUUUAUUAGCAGUUGAGUCCAUUCCCACUAGGGCAAAAAACAGCUAGGCAGGCUCAGUGCUCCCUGGGAAGCUUGUCGUUCCUUUCCUGUGUUUCUCUCUUGCUAAUUCAUCACACUAAAGGUAGUUGCAUCUU